AUGACAACUGCUCAAUUUGACUGUCAACACUGCACGGCAUCACUUCUUGGGAAGUAUGUACUAGAGGAUCACAACCCACACCGUGUUACUUGUUAUGAUCGUACCUCUGCUAACUAUUGUGAGGAGUGCAAAGAACCAAUCGAAUCAGAUUCCAAGGAUCUUUGUUACAAAGGUCAUCACUGGCAUGAAGGAUGCUUCACUUACGACAAAUGCAAUCAGUCUUUGGUGGAAAAGCCUUCUGCUGCCAAGGAUGAGUGCCUGCCGUGCUCCAAGUACUAUUCUAACGAGUGCUCCUCCCAGUGCUUCCAGUGUAAGAAGACCAUCAUGCCUGGUUCCCGGAAAAUGAAAUUUAAGGGAAACUACUGGCAUGAAACCUGCCUUGUGUGCGAGCAUUGCCGACAGCCAAUAGGAGCUAAACCUUUGAUUUCCACAGAGAGUGGCAAUUAUUGUGUGCCGUGUUUUGAGAUGGAGUUUGCUCACUACUGCAGCUUUUUUAAGGAGGCGAUUACUUCAGGUGGGAUAAUGUUUUGUGACCAGCCAUGGCAUAAAGAGUGUUUUCUGUGCAGUGGCUGUAGGAAAGAGCUCUGUGAAGAAGACUUUAUGUCCAGAGAUGAUUAUGCAUUCUGCUUGGACUGCUACAAUCAUCUUUAUGCCAAAAAGUGUGCCACCUGCACCAAGCCUAUUAUUGGUCUCAGAGACACCAAGUUUAUCUGCUUUCAAGACCGCCAGUGGCACAGCGAAUGCUUUAACUGUGGGAAGUGCUCAGUCUCCUUGGUGGGGAAAGGCUUCCUGACUCACAACAAGGAAAUCUUCUGCCACCAAUGUGGCUCUGGGGUGGACACUGACAUGUAG